GUCACAGCUAAAUUACAAGUAGGCACUCGGGUUCCCACCGGACUCAUAUUAUUGGCUCGAGACGAGGCGCCACUCCCUCUGUGCUGUUGGGAGGGGGGACGUACGGUAGCAGGCGGCGGUCACUGGGUGGAGGGGAAGACACCCAAGGAAGGUGAAGGACCCCCGAGGAAGGAGGUCGUUGAAUUCGGGACAGACACAGAUGUGGAUUAACGUCCGUCUUGUGGCCGGGAAAAAUACUCGACAUGCACCGAGUAACGGGCAGGAGUGCAGGGAGCAAUUUGAUAGAGAUGAGCCCGUCUGACUCUUAUAAUGAUGAUGUAAAUGGCUACUAUCAGGACUCACCCAGCCCAGGAUCACUACAUGGAGAAUCAGAGAUCGAGAAACAGCAGCAGAGCAAAGACUUAGUGUUCUUGCGUGAUGGAGUACGCAGGAUUGAUUUUGUCCUGUCCUACACUGAAGAAGAAACUGAAGGAAGGCCGGGAAGAAAGAGGGAGUUGUACGAAGCCAACCUAGUGAAAAUCGGCUUGGAGCUGGAGACAGAGGAUAAAUCUGAAUCGGAAGAUGGGAAGACCUACUUUUUGAAGAUCCACGCUCCCUGGGAAGUGUUGGCCACCUACGCAGAUGUGCUGAAAGUCAAGGUCCCCUUCAAGACCAGUGACAUAGAAAAGAAAAAUGCGAUGCGAAUGAGCUGGCUGGCCACCCCUUUUCGUCUUCCGGAGCACAUCAUGUACCCUGAGCCAGACUACUUCACUGCUACCUUUAACAAGACCAAAUCUGACUUCUUCCUCAUCGAUGACAGAGACACAUUUUUUACCCCUGCUACUCGCAACAGGAUAGUAUAUUAUAUCCUCUCCCGAUGUCCAUACACAGAGGAUGAAUAUGUUGAGAAAGACAAGAAGGGGAUCAAGAGGUUGCUUAACAAUGGCACCUACACGGGGGCAUUUCCACUGCACGAUAGCAGAUACUGGACAAGAUAUAAGGAUCCUAGUUGUGAAAGGGACCGAUACAAUCUCUACCAACACUGGGCCAAAUUCUCAUGUUUCUUCAAAGAGCAGCCCCUCAAUCUCAUAAGGAAGUACUACGGGGAGAGGAUUGGCCUCUAUUUUGCCUGGCUGGGGUUCUACACUGAGAUGUUGGUUUUUGCUGCGAUUGUGGGGACAAUUUGUUUCCUUUUCGGAUUGUCCUCAUACAAAGACAACGAGUGGAGUAAGGAAAUCUGCAGUGAUGAAAUUGGAGGCAAUAUUGUGAUGUGUCCAUUGUGUGACAAGAAAUGCAGCUACUGGAAACUCAACAUGACAUGCAACGCUUCAUGGCAAGCGCACCUGUUUGACAAUGUGGGAACAUUGUUUUUUGCCAUUUUCAUGGGGAUUUGGGUGACAUUGUUCCUGGAGCUCUGGAAGAGGCGUCAGGCCCGUCUCGCGUACGAGUGGGAUCUGGUGGACUUUGAGGAGGAGCAGCAGCGACUGCAGAUCCGUCCGGAGUAUGAGAACAAGUGCACCAGCCGCAAGCUGAAUCCCAUUACUCAGGAAGCAGAGUUGGUUUUUGAGAGGACUGCUACUGAUCUAGUGGGGAAAUUAUUUCUGUGCUGGGUCACCGUGUUUUUCUGGAUCUCUCUGACCGUUUCCUGCAUCAUUGGAGUGAUCGCGUACCGCCUGGCGGUAUACGCUGCCUUCGCUAGUUUCAUGAAGGACAAUGCACAUUUGAACAAGAUGGGUUCCUCAAUCACCCCGCAGCUGGCCACGGCUGUCACGGGCUCCUGCAUCAACUUCAUUAUCAUCAUGAUCCUCAACAUCUUGUAUGAACGAGUGGCUGUUUGGAUAACUGACCUCGAAAUUCCAAAGACCCAUGUGGAAUAUGAGAACAAGCUGACAAUAAAGAUGUUCCUAUUCCAGUUCGUCAACUACUACUCCUCCUGCUUCUACGUGGCUUUCUUUAAGGGCAAGUUUGUUGGCUAUCCUGGAGGUUAUUCUUACAUGUUUGGCCAGAGGAGCAGCCUCAGGAAUGAAGAGUGUGACCCCGGUGGCUGUUUGAUUGAGUUGACCACCCAGCUGGUAAUAGUGAUGACCGGUAAGCAGGUUUGGGGAAACAUCCAGGAGUCUCUGGUCCCGUGGUUGAAGAACUGGUGGCGCAGCAAAAGAGUUCGGGCGCAUCCAGAGAGUCUGGACAGCCGCUGGGAGCAAGACUACAACCUGCUGAUGUCUGGGCAUCUGGAACUCUUCUACGAAUACCUGGAAAUGGUGAUCCAGUUUGGUUUCAUCACUCUGUUUGUGGCUUCCUUCCCUCUGGCUCCCCUGCUGGCUCUCAUCAACAACAUCAUUGAGGUUAGAGUGGAUGCCUGGAAGCUCACCACGCAGUUCAGACGUCCUGUGGCAUCCAAAGCUCACAGUAUCGGAGCCUGGGAGGAAAUCCUCAGUGGGAUCGCCAUCCUCUCUGUUGUUACCAAUGCAUUCAUUGUGGCCUUCACCUCUGACAUGAUCCCCCGACUCGUGUAUAUGUAUGCUUACCAGCCAGAUGGGGUGGUUACUAUGAAAGGCUACAUCAACAACAGCUUGUCUGUGUUCAAAAUCUCAGAGAUCCCACUGGACAACAGGCCAGAAGAUGGGGAGAUUCCCUACUGGUUCAGCAGCUCCAUCACAACCUGCAGGUACCAUGACUACCGCUACCCUCCUGGCCAUACGAAUCAGUACACCCACACAUUGCAGUUCUGGCAUAUACUGGCUGCCAAGCUGGUCUUCAUUAUCAUCAUGGAGCAUGUCGUCUUUCUGGUCAAGUUCUCCUUGGCCUGGAUGAUUCCUGAUGUUCCGGCCGACGUGACGGAUCGAAUAAAGAGAGAGCGCUACCUAGUCCAGGAGUACCUCCACAACUACGAAGUGGAGAGGCUCAAAAGUCAACUCAGCGGAAACAAGGACGAUGGUACUGAUGAGGAUGCGGUCUACUCGUCUUUGCCCACACAUGAGGUGUUAUCAGAGCAUCUCUAGCACUGAGAGCAGCUUCUCAGUCGGCAAGAUGUGAUGACGGUGAUCCAGACACGCCUGCUUGUUUAUGUUGGUCCCUUUUUAGCUGUGCAGUAAACCCCUGCUAUUCGAGCCCUGCCGCGAAUAGUGAAAUUCUGCUAGUAAUUCACAACCCUCCAAAAAUGUUUGUAAUUGCCCGAAAUUAAUAUUUUAAAUAACUAUACCGCAAACUAUGAUCACAAAACAAUGUAAUAUCAUUUAAAACUUUUAAGUUGCAACAUUAGCAUUUAAAAAAAAUAGCUUACAGAUUUGAUUUGUAUGAUGUGCCAUCGGAAGUGCGCGUGUACAUUCACAUGCGGCAAAGAUUCUCUUAACCUCCGCUAACAGCCCUAGCUCUUCCUCAACAUGCAAACAUCUUAGAUCUCAGUCGAGAUGUGUCACUUUAACAUACUUCCUUGACGCCAAUUACUACUUGGUAUUCGCCUUAAGUUGAUCCCCAACGUACAAAGCUGUUAGCCUCUCAGUCGAGACGUGCCACUUCAACAUGCUUCUUUGACACCAAUUACUACUUUCCAAAUGGCCAGAGCUUCGGCACCAUCUUGUGGCACCUUACAGUGUUACAGAAUGAACACAAGACAACACAAAUAGGUGCGUUGUAGUGGUACAAAAAUGCAAAUAGUGAUCUGUGAUUGAGGGGGUUGACUGUAUUUGUGUCAUUAUUAAUGACGCACGCACUUGUACACACACAGCCUUUAUGAAGGAGCUCCAGGUGUCCUCAGUCCUCAGCUGUCCUGCUUUCAAGCAUGCUGAAAACCUAGAAGACUUGAAUAUAACUGCCUUGUAUUUAUGACCUUUAUUCUAUGCUGUAAUUGUAAUGCCGAGAAUGAUCACAUUUUGCUGUAAGAAAAAGGAAAACAAGCCACGCCUUUCAGGACUAUUUAUUUUACUAGCCAGUAUAAGUUGCUUAAGAAUAGACGCCUUAAUAUAUAUAACACUUUGUCCUUGCUUUGAUAUUUCAGUGUUCGGUCAUGUGCAGUUCUAUGAACAGCUGUGGUAUUUGCCAAAAAUGUAUGAAUCAUUUGAUUCAUUAGUAGUUUUUACUGUUUCUGUAGUUCCUGAGGGUAUCCCAUAAGUUUGGCCUUUGAAAUGGCAAAACGUAAUAAAGACAGGGUGUCCCAUGGGUUUCCAUACGUAAAAAAAUGGUUUUGUUUUUUUUCCAAUGAAAACUAUUUUAUUUUAAAUAUGCUCUACAUGACUACCGUUGUUUAAAAACACGUUUCAAUGCGUGUCCUCCACUGCUGAAGAACACGUAUUAGCACAGCUGCAAAGAUGUUCCUUGAAAAUACAGUGGUACCUUAAGAGUCAUUCGUUCUGUGACCACGCUCGUAACUGAAAAGAAUCUAAAUCAAUUUCUGUGUUUUUAAAUAAGAAGUACUUUAAAAAACAGUAAUAAAUAGAAUGAAAAGUAAAUAAAACAUUUUUGGUACAUUUUUUGCUUCAAUUCAAUGGACAUUGUGCUGCUCCUUCUGGUGUGAGCGCCUCGUCCCGCUUGGGUAGUAAUAAAAGACACAGUGGAUAUGGAAAGUAUUCAGACCCUUUGCUCAGUAUUUAGUAGAAGCAUCCUUUUGAGCUAAUACAGCCGUGUGUUUUUUUUGGGAAUGAUGUAACACGUUUUUCACACCUGGAUUUGGGGAUCCUCUGCCAUUCCCCAUUGCAGAUCCUCUCCAGGUUGGAUGGUGAAUGUUUGUGGACAGCCAUUUUCAGGUCUCCAGAGAUGCUCAAUUGGGUUUAAGUCGGGGAAGAACAGUCACUUGAUGAAGCCACAUUAUUUUAGCUGUGUGCUUAGGGUCAUUGUCUUGUUGGAAGGUGAACCUUCGGCCCAUGAGGUCCUGAGCACUGGAGAAGGUUUUCUGUCCAUAUGAGGUGCUGUGUGUACAUUAAUGUGGGGGGGAAAACAAUGCGUGAGUGAAAAUUUAAGGGGGUCUGAAUACUUUCCGUACCCACUGUAUAGAAACAGCCACGGAGACAGCCACAAGCUAUUCAAGGAAUUUGUCAAACCUACACACACUUAAACAUGGUAUGACACUAUAUAUAAAAUGUGUUGCUCUUUAUUCGAAAGCAUUUUUUAGGAUAACUGAAAUAUUUUUUUUAAAUGUUAAAAACUAGAGUACAUGUAUGGAAACUUAAACGUGUAUGGGACACCCUGUAGGGCACAGCGCUAAUAGAACACAAGCUACAAAACUAGCUGCUUUUUAUAUUGGUAUGAGAUCCUCGAUAUUUUUCUAAACCAAAACCUGACAUGUAACUUGCUUCACUUAAAACGUAGUUGCAAAAAUCUGCUGCUGUUGCCACUGUGAUUAACAAGGCGCUUUGACACUGACGGGUCAUCCAGGCUUAACAGCUGCUGCGUGUUGAGAAGUGCAAGCCCUGAGUGAUUGAGGAGAUCCCUGUUUAAUGGGCCCGUGUUUGCCAACACGCUGGAGCUAAAAAAAAAAAAACAGCCACUGGCCUUCUACUUAACUGUUUGCUCCAAUACACAAAGCGCCAUCGCCCAGCUGUUCGUACAUGAAAAAGAUUUUUGAUUUAGAUUUUUAAUCGCACAACGCACUUGAUGAAAAUGGACUUAUCCAAGUCAUAAGCAUGCCAGUCCUGCGGUUGUCGUGACGAGGCCGCAUCCACAACCCUUGAGUGUUUGGAAGUAACAAUGUGUCAAUCUGACGGUGUUCAUAUGCAGGAUAUUUAAUUUUAGAAGGCUGUCUACAGAAAAAUAGUCUUUAAUUGAAGUAUUUAAAUUGCUUAAAAUAGCAGCUAAUCUUAUGAUCAUUUUAUUUUAUACUAAUUAUUUGUUAUUUCUUGGUGAAUUCAUGUUUUGUGCCUGUUGUCCUUUGUCACUUUUUAUACUUUACCAAGUGAACCUGUGUACAUGUGCUAUCCAGUCAUCAGGUUGUGUAUUUUUCAAACAUUUCCUGUAUUGAAAUCUCCAGAAUAAAGUCAAUUUCACCCCA